AACGAACUCCUCUACGUUAAAACCUGACGUUGACACUUCUCCAACUGUCAAAAAGACAUCUAUCUGCACUGUCACUGUCACAACUUAUCACUUUUUCUCCUCCCCGACCAAUGUUGAUAAUUUAACGGAGAACAAAUUCACUUUCUUAGAUAUUAAUUUAAGUAGCUAGUAGUAAAACGUGAAUUUAAUUAGAUCCACAGCAAUAAUAUGGAUGAAGUAGACAAUAUCAUAAUACAUAGCUUGCGCCAAAUCGGAUGUAAUAUCGAACCGGAUAUUUUAAGUUUAUCAAGUUUCACCCCAGAAUUGCUUGUCGAGACAGUUUCGAUGUGCCUGCACUUGAUCAAGCCUAGCAUGAAUGUGCCGAAAAAACUACCGCCAGGCAUGGCGCAAAGAUUUACUGUGACCGCCAGUCUGGCGGAGGCUUGUACUUCGAUUGGGUUUCGGGGUGACAUUGGCUACCAGACUUUUCUCUAUUCAAAUGUGACUGAAGUGCGGCGUGUUUUUAUGUUCCUAAUCGAGAGACUACCGAAGGAAUCGGAGAAAAUGGUCUUAGCGCAGCCUUUGGACAAACUGACGUUGCUAGAGAACGAAUUACAACAAAACAUUCGAAUACAGCUUAGUAGUCCGUGGAUCCCGCAGUACUGUAUGAAGUCCGGCAUUCGCAAGUACAAUUCAUCAUAUCCAAUACUCAGCGGUGAAUGCACCCCAUUCCAGCCAUGUAUCAACCUGAACAUACCAAAUUCGCUUAGAAAGUCCAACAUUCCCGACAAACAGCAGGAUUACUGGCACAAGCGGUCGCCCAGUGUCUUUCAGCAGACAAACAGUCAAACGAUUUUAUCUUCAAUUAUCCAUAAGAACGAUGUCGCAUCGAACAGCAGUGAUUUCAAUCUUGAUCCCGAGGAAUUGAUGAAGUCAAUUAUCACAAAGAAUCUGGGCGCCAAGCGCCCGUCAUCAGCCGUCGAUAGUUCGAAGAAGUUAAACGAAAUCAAUCACGUGGACACAAGCAGUAGCAGCAGCAGUAGUAGCAUAGCGGACAAAACAAAGUCCAUCCAGCAGCAAAGUAGUUCUGGUCAGUUAGACGGCAACACACAGGAAGUUCUCAAUUCGGAAAUUGGAAAACUUAAGAGUGCAAUGGAUGAAUUGUUGACGAGUAGGAAGAAGAUUCUCGCGGAUAUAACGAGCAUCAAGGAGGCUCGCACAAAACAAGAGGAAGCGAACAAGGAGUUGCGGAAUGAACGUAAGAUUCGGGAACGAACAUGCAUUUUAUUGGAGAAUCCCGAGGAGAAUGUGAAGAAGAUGGACAUGGUGCUAGCGGCGACGAAGGAGCGGAUGAAUAAAUUGAUGGAACAGUGGAAGAGUCACAAGGACCCGUUAGUGAAGACUUUGGAGAAAUCAAAGUCGAAAAAUAGCAGUUCAUUUGAAAAAAAUAGAGUUAUUCAAAACGAAAUCAAAGUAGUGCGUGAUAAAAUAUCCGAAAUAGUAGAUGAUUUGAAGCAUAAAAACAAUCUCCAUGCGCAGCUUACGACGGAGCUGCAAAAAGUUGAUAACAAAAUCAGCAGGAACGCAUACACAACUCGAAUCUUAGAAAUAGUCGGCAACAUUCGUAAACAGAAAAAUGAUAUUGAUAAAGUGCUUCGUGAUACAAGAGAGCUGCAGAAAGAGAUUAAUAAUAUCAAUGGACAGCUAGAUCGUCAGUUCACCGUAACAGAUGAUCUGCUUUAUAAAACUGCCAGACGUGAUGAACAUUCAAAGAAAAUCUAUAAACUUUUAGCUACACUUCAUUCCGACUGUAGCGACCUAGUCACACUCGUACAAGAAACCGGUGCCGUAUUGCGUGAAAUGCGCGACGUAGAAGAUCAAAUCGAGAACGAGAAAAGUCGAAAUAUUGCAAAGAACUUAGAGAAAAUCACAUCCGAUUUGAAGGAAAUGGAGAAGGAUAGUAAAAAUUUGCAAGAUAAAAUUCGACAAAUUGAAAACGAAAUCACUCAAGGAUAAGCAACGUUAAAAGUAAAACUGGGAGAGAAUAUUAAAGACCGCUGGCGAUCAGUUCUCAUUUAUAAGACGCAAAACUUGUAAAGUUAAUUAUUUAAAAUAAGCCAAAAGCAAAGCACACUAUUUAAAUAAAUGAAACAAAAAACGCAAAUAAAGUAAUCUCAAUGAAAAAAAAAAGAUAAAAAACUUAAAAAACAGCAACAAGAAACGAAAGUAGGAAAAUAUUGCAAUUAUCAAUGAAAAAAAAAUUAAUAUUGAACGCUAAAAUUACUUUCAAUUCUAUAUUGACUGGAUUUCGCCAAUGCAUACGUUAUAGACUUUAUUUUUCAUUUUAAAACUUAUAAUAUGAUAAUUAUUCUAGUAUGCGACAUUUUAGUAGUGACUGGAGAUAGAAGAGAGGAGAAAAAAAGGAAAAUGUCUAUUCCCUUGCGUUAAAAAAUGCCCAAAAUAGCCUUCUGAUAUUUAUAUAGAAAUUAUUUGAUAAGAAAUAAAAAGAUACAUUCGAAAUGAA